UUGAACUUCAUAUAACAUUUCAAUACUAUUAAUUUUUAUAUUCAAAGAAGUGAAAAUGAAAUUUAAACAUUGGAGUGCCUUACUUUUGCAAUACGAAUGCGUGUUUUGUUUCUUUUAAAUGCUCAUAAUCUUCAAUAGUUUUUCAUUCUCUCUCUCACAAACAGACACGCAGAGUUUUCUAUUUUAUUUUUUGUUUGCAAGCAUGGCUGCUGCGGUUAUGUAUAGAAUGAUGGCAGCUGUGAUGCUUUGUAGCAGAGUAUUUGCCGAUCCGGACUUGCUUCAAGAUAUUUGUGUUGCUGAUCUCUCUUCUGAGUUGAAGCUAAACGGAUAUUCGUGCAAGUCAAACGCGACGGCGGAGGACUUCUUCUCCGGUGGCUUAGCCAAACCCGGCGCCACCAACACCUCCACCGGGUCAGCCGUGACCGGCGCCAACGUCCAGAAAAUCCCGGGCCUCAACACACUCGGCGUGUCCUUGGCCCGCAUCGACUACGCCCCGGGCGGCCUCAACCCGCCCCACACGCACCCACGCGCCACCGAGGUCGUGUUCGUCCUCAAAGGCGAACUCGACGUCGGCUUCAUCACCACCGCCAACCUCCUCAUCUCCAAGUCCAUCAAGGAAGGGGAAAUCUUCGUUUUCCCUAAAGGCCUAGUCCACUUCCAGAAGAACAACGGCGACUCCCCCGCCGCUGUCGUCGCCGCCUUCAACAGCCAGCUCCCGGGGACGCAGUCCAUCGCCGCGACAUUGUUCGCUUCCACGCCGCCGGUGCCGGAUAAUGUGCUCACCAAGGCGUUUCAGGUUGGCACUAAGGAGGUGGACAAGAUAAAGUCUAAGUUUGCACCAAAGAGUUGAUAAAUUUAUUAAUUAUAUACUUGAGAUUGUGUUUUUGUGUAAUAAAUAAUGUGUAGGUAAAUUUUACUUUAUUAAUGUGAUCAAGAAUAAAGUACUUAUAAAAUUCCGUUAUAACUA